UUUUUUUUUUUUUUUUAAAUCUCCUUCCCUCUAUGCAUGUCAAUUUAAGAUGAUUAAAAUAUUUCAUAUCCCAUGAAAGCCGUCCUCAAUUUUUAUGGAGGUAGAGACUUCAGGCCAGGUUCCUGGUCGAGCAUGUGAUGGUAUUGUGUAUUUUGGUUAUUGUUUGUGUUGUUCAUCUUUUAUAUUUUGGUGUCUAAUUUUGCUCUCCUCUUUGAGCAGUUCCCUACAAUAUGGGUUGUUUCUUCCCUUGUACCGAUUGUUGGUGGAGUGGCAUUGGCAUCAAUGACUGAGGCAUCUUUUAAUUGGGCUGGUUUUUGGAGUGCAAUGGCCUCAAAUUUGAGCAAUCAAUCUCGAAAUGUCCUUAGCAAAAAGUUCAUGGUCAAGAAAGAGGAUUCUUUGGACAACAUUACUCUCUUCUCGAUAAUCACAAUUAUGUCAUUUUUCUUGCUGGCCCCUGCAGCUAUAUUCAUGGAAGGAAUUAAGUUUACCCCUGCUUUCAUUGAAACUGCUGGGAUGAAUGUCAAGCAGAUUUACACUAGAUCCCUCAUUGCUGCUCUCUGCUUCCAUGCAUAUCAGCAAGUUUCAUACAUGAUAUUGCAGAGGGUAUCUCCUGUGACACACUCUGUGGGUAACUGCGUGAAGAGGGUGGUGGUCAUCGUUACCUCUGUUCUUUUCUUCCGCACUCCAGUUUCACCCAUCAACUCUUUUGGAACUGGAAUUGCCCUUGCUGGAGUGUUUCUUUAUUCGAGAGUCAAGCGUAUUAAGCCAAAGCCGAAGACAGCUUGAAAUAAUUUGUUGGUUAAUUGUGGUGUUAGAGUCGAACAUCAUCAACUUUCUUUGUAUUUUAGGAACCUUUUUUGGAUAUAAUGGAAAACAGAAAACAAAAUAUGCAUUUUUAUUUUUUUUA